GUUCUGUGGUGCUUCGAGUUGAGGUUAUGCGAAAUUUUAUAAAAUAUUUGAAUAAACUAUUUGAAAAUGGUGGUGUUUACUUGCAAUCACUGUGGAGACAGUUUGCAAAAGCCCAAAGUUGAAAAACACUACAGUUUUGCCUGUAGGGCUGAUAAAUCUUUGACAUGUGUUGAUUGCUUCAAGGAUUUUAGAGGUGAAGAAUAUGUAACCCAUACGAAAUGUUUAACAGAAGAUGAACGUUAUGCUGCAAAAGGAACGUAUGUUAAUGGUAUCGUAAAGAAAGGUGAGGUUAAACAAGAAUCGUGGGUAGAAAUGAUAAAAUCCAUUCUGGAUAAAGAGAAUAAUUUGAAGCCGUCGUGUCGUAAUUUACUGAAUACUAUUUCUCAUUAUGAUAACAUCCCAAGAAAAAAACCAAAAUUUAUUAAUUUUAUUAAGAGUUCUUCCGGAGGGAGGGUAAAUAUGAAAGAUGUGGAAGACGUCUGGAAUAUUAUAGAAAAAUAUAAAAAUGAAAAUGCCGGAAAAGCUCAAACUAUUAACGGCCAUAACGAAAAAGUUAAAAAGGAAAGUCAAAAUGGUGACGAUAGUAUUAGUGAAGAAAAAAAUUCCAAGAAUAAAGAAAAUGAAACAAAGAAAAGGAAAACUGCUGCAGAGACAGAAGAUUCCCCCAAGAAAAAGAAGUAUAAAAAAGUCCAGCAAAUUGACGAGACUAUUGUAGAAAAUGAAAAUGUUAGCUUCCAAAAUGAUGAUGGUGAAAAGAAGAAAAAGCAUAAAAAAGUUAAAGAAAUGUUAGAUAUAAACGGGGAAACAUCAGAAAAUGUAAAAUUUAACUUCAAGGAAAAAAUUCUAGAAGUCGUCACUGCAAAACAAAGUAUCUCUUUAAAGAAGCUUCAGAAGAAAAUAUUGAAAGCUUAUUUGAAAGAAACGGGUGAAUCGGAAAUUACACCUACACUUAUAAAAAAAUUUAACAAGAAACUGAAAAAAAUUCCUAACUUGGAAAUUAAUGAUGAUAAAGUUACGGUUUCAGAAAGAAACAAUUAAGUUCAUAUUACGUUUUGAUACAUUAAAUAUUUUUCAACUAUAAAUUUAGAAACAUGAAGUAAU